AUGGAGGGAACAUGUCUUUGCAAAGCAGUGGCUGUCAAGGUCAAUGACGACAAUCUCUUUGGUGACCAACGUCGAGGCCACAUCUGCCACUGCAAGAACUGCCGGAAGGUUGCUGGUGGUAUCUUCGGCACGAAUCUGAUCAUCGAGAACGAGAAAGUCGAAUUUCCUAACGGAAAAGAUGCCAUCAAGCAAUAUGAUUAUGACAAACUGCCGACGCCAGAGUGGGAAUCCUUUGCCUCACAACGACAGACAUGGGAGACAGCCAUGCCCGGAACAGUCCAGUACGCUGUGAAGAGCUUUGGCGACAAGCUCCCGGACUCUCCAGAGAAGGCCGGACCAGCGAAGAAUUAG